AUGGAAGGCUUACCAGCAGCCAAAGUUACCAUUGUUAAGAAAAAUAACCAACGAAGCAGUUACUAUUCUGAUUUUAGAGACCUAAGUAGAAAUAUUCAUGUCACUCAUGUCAAACGAGUGGAAUCAACUGCAUCAGGAGUAAUAAAGAAGACAAAACUUAUUGGCUUGAAUGUAGUAGGUCCUGAAGCUUCUCCACAAAUAUUUUUUCCUGAAAAGACACGUAAUCGACCAGAACCAACGAAAUCAAUAGUGAAUGGGUCACGAUCUGAAACUAUUAGAUCUACUUUAUAUCCUUUAUCGCAUAUGCACUCGAUACAGACAAUGACAUCUCUGAGUCAUCUUGACUCAUUCAAUCUUGUGACUCCUUCGAAAACUACAAUAUCAACGAUCACAACUACAGAUACAUCAACAAUAUCAACUACAGAUACAUCAACAAUAUCAACUACAGAUACAUCAACAACAUCAACUACAGAUACAUCAACCACAAGCAAGUAUCUAUGUUAUUACUGA